AUGACAGAGUACGACUGGUCACCCGAAGCCUGGGAGCGACACCUCGAGAAUCAACAACGGGUGUCGAACUGGGUCACUGACCAGAGUGCUCGCCUGCCCAAACAGCAACGUGCAAGUUCUGUGGCACCCUCGUACCCCACGCAAUCCUCCCACCAAUCCUCAUCUCGCCACAACAGGCGAUCAUCGUCCACGAGCCCAACAUCCUCGACGCCUACCAAAGCGCGCCCCGCUCGGCCUGAACAUAAGCGAUCGUACACGGAGCCGGUACACGAGGCAUACCGGUCGUCUCGCCCCUCGCGCUCGCGCCAGAUAUCUCCGCAGCCGGUCUACCAGUCUAAGGCGUCGCCGACGGCGUACGCCUCGCAGACGUAUAUCCCUCACACCACGCCGUAUGUCGUCUCGCAUGACAAGCACGGCGGGGGCUACCGCUACCAGACAUAUAGCUACGAUGCCACAUCCGGGCACCUUGUUCUCCCUCCGCCGCGAUCGGGUGAACAGUAUAUCAUCAUGCCUUCGGCAGAUAGAAAACUUGUAGUUGUGAACAAUGAUCCAUACACUGUCGUACAUCAAGACUCACGCAGCAGUAGCCACUCAUCAUCAUCCAAGAAUCAGCCGCUGCUGAAGCGUCUCUUCACAAGCCUGAGCCCCUCGAGGUCCAGCGGCAGCAGCACGAAGCUGACCAGGCACACCAGCCGGGAUCGCCGCGCGUAUUGAACCUGGACCACGCUGCUUGGUCCUCCACCAAAACUCUGCGCGGCACACCGUGCCCUUCUCAGGGUACUGCGCCGCCGCUCGGACGAGGCGCGCCCCGGCCGCGCUCGUCUUCCCCAAUGCAUAAGCUACACCCACGUUCCUUCAAAUCGGCGCACAUACGGCGCCGUCCAGCCGCUCCCUGAGCGACCCGCGCGCCGCGCGCCACGCCACACCCCUUCCGCACGUUCUGCACGUUUUCCCAUGUCUACCCAUGUUCCGGAUGACGCGCCGAUGCUAUCGCAGACGCCUCCGUUUUAUUCUGACGCCGUAAACGCGCUUGCCGGACCAGGCGCCCACGACCCUUUUCUUACGUCUUCUGCUUCUCUCAUACACUCGCAUACACACAGCACAUACUACUCCCAUUGGUCAUAUCUCUCGGGAACAUUCAGGGUGGCGCUCGGAUCUGGCGCACAGAUUUGGUGUAGAAACAUACAUGGCUUGCUUUUCUUUACGUUACAUGUUACGACCGACAGGAAUACCCAUAGCAAUAGAUAUACCUUUACCCCACGCGCAUCGGCUGUCCGAGCUGCUGACACUCUCCGAAGGUCAUUUGCUCUCGGAGUCGUCACAGUACGGGUCCUGGCGGCCCGGGUAGCAGUAGUCGUCGCUGACGCAGUACUGCAGGGUGUGAA